AUUGAGAAUUAGGUCAGCGAACUAAUGAAGCGCCAGUGAAGCUCUAUGGUAGUAAGCGUUGUGUUUCUAUUAAUGAAGCCUUAUACGACGCUUGCCGGGACACACAAUAACCUGUUCGGAAGAGGGUGAGAGAUGUCCGGUGUUCCCGGCAUCUGCGGGCGGGAUUCGUAGCCGCUCUACCGGUCCGUUUGUGCGGGUACCUCCCGCUGUCGGCUUGGGGAAAGCGACAGACGAGCCCAGUGAACGUCUGCACCACGGUGCCUCCCGGCCCGGCUUUGCUUGGAUUCUUAGCAAGACGACACAGCCAGACAGACGCCGAGAGCUUCUCUGGGGACACCAAGGAAAUCGGUCCUCGCCUCGCCAGCCUGGCGGCAACACGGCACUCGCGCACGCUUGUGUAGUUGCAAAAUUGAAGGAGUCUUGCUAUGUGAACUUGGCCACUUAAGACAUGUGAGCCUUGACUCUUCUUUACCCUGAGUAGAAGGUUGCACAGUUUGACAAUGUCGAGCCGCAGAAAGUCGACCACGCCUUGCAUGGUGCCACCCUCUGGCGAAUUGGAAGAGACAACUGAUAGAACAAUGGAAGUAGAGACUGAGGGGGUGGAGGGGGCAGUAGAUGAGAUUCACACAGCAGUGGAGCUGGAUCAAACGAUAGUGGUUGUCCCCACACCACCAGAUACUGGUGAGUCCAACAGCCUAGAGGACAAAGCUGUCCUCAGUCCAUCAGUAAAGUGUAGCUCUACAAGCCCCCCUGAGAGUCAGAGUAGUGACCACCUGAACAAGGAUAAGCAGUGUGACAUGCUUGAGGAAGGAGGAGCAGAUGGCACAAGUGUUGGCGCCAUCUCACUUAGCAAGACCCCUAUCAUGAGGAUGAAGACCAAAUCUGAACCCAAGAGGAUCGCCGUGGCCCUUAAAGCUUCAGACGAAGGUGUGGAGUAUUUUGAAGGCAGCAGCGAGGCUGUGGGGGAAGGAGAGCAGGAGCCAAUCGAAGCGCCUCUGGGACCAAUGGCGUCUGUGGAGAUGCUGCUGCAUGACUCCAUGAAGCUUGGAGCAGGCAACUUACUGGUCAGCCAAGCCUUAGAGCAGCCAAGGAAGUCAUCAGUUUUAAAUCCCACCAUUAUUCCUCCUGGCUUGGCACAGGUCCUUUCUGCUUUCCAUGCCCACAAGAACACAUCAGUUCAACCCCAAUUGCUGAUUCCUCUCAGCAGCAUUCCCUCUUAUAGUGCCGCUAUGGACAUCAACCCUCUGCUGGGUAGCACUUACAAGAAGUUUCCCUAUCCCUCCAUGGCUGAGAUCAGCAGUCUGGCAGGGCAGACUCAGUUCACAGAAGAGCAGAUUAAGGUGUGGUUCUCAGCCCAGCGGCUGAAGCACGGCGUCAGCUGGACACCAGAGGAAGUCGAGGAGGCCAGGAGAAAACAGUUUAACGGCACUGUGCACACAGUGCCUCAAACCAUCACUGUCAUACCUGCUCACCAGCUCUCUGCUGCCAACGGCCUGCAGUCCAUUCUGCAGACCUGCCAGAUAGUGGGCCAGCCUGGCUUGGUCUUCACACAGGUUGCUCCAGGAGGGAAUCUUCCAGUGACGAAUCCCAUCACCUUGACAGUGGCAGGACUGCCAAACCAGUCCCAGAGCUCCAACAGAGUUUCCUGCCAGUCGACCCCAACGAACAGUGAGCUGAAACGGGCUACCACUGUACAGCCCCCCUCGCUUUCCCCACAGGAGAACUCUGCCCUGAGUGCUGACACAUUCAGUAUGCGCCCCAAGAAGUCCAAAGAGCAGUUGGCCGAGCUGAAAGCCAGCUACCUUAAAAACCACUUUGUCAGUGAUGCAGAAAUUGCCCGCUUGAUGAAGAUCACCAAUCUAACCAAGGGAGAGAUUAAAAAAUGGUUCAGUGACACCAGGUAUAACCAGCGCAAUUCCAAGAACAACAAUGUCAUUGUUUUUCACGACGGAGGCAGCAGAGGAGGUGGCGGAUGUAGUAGCGGCACAAACACCACCAUUGUCAUUGACUCAAGCGAUGAAACCCCAGCAUCCCCUCAUCCACCAUGCACGCCUCUUGUAAAGGAGAAGGAGACACGGCCCAAGACGUGGAAUCCGUUCCCAGACUUCACUCUGCAGAAGUUUAAAGAGAAGACGCCAGAGCAGUUGGUGGUGCUGGAGGAGAGCUUUGAGAAGAGCAGCACGCCAUCUGAUGAAGAGCUGAGCCGCCUGAGAACAGAGACUAAACUGACGCGCAGGGAGAUUGAUGCCUGGUUCACAGAGAGACGGAAAAUGCCAACAAUCAGCACUCCCUCCCCAGAGUCUUCUGAGACAGGACAGAUGGAUACUGGUGGAGGGAAAGCUGGAGAAGUUGCUGCUGCUUCUCGCUCUGCUUCCUCCUCUCGUAAAGGUAGUCAAACUCCACCUGGAGGCCGCAGUAAGCAGAUGCCAGCCAGCAACAGCAACAGUAGCACCAGCAGCAGAGACAUCAAAGAUAAGACUAAAAAGACUCCAGAGCAGCUCCACAUUUUGAAAAGUGCCUUCGUGCGGACUCAGUGGCCCACAACAGAAGAGUAUGACCAACUAGUCGAGGAGAGCGGCCUCCCCCGACCCUACAUUGUCAGCUGGUUCGGGGACUCUCGGUACUCCUGGAAGAACGGCAACCUUAAAUGGUUUUUUCAGUAUCAAAGUGGUAACGUAGAGGGCCCGAAUGGUGGUGGAAAUCACAAAAUGGGAGGUGGUGGCAGUCGAAAAAGACGUGUCCGAAAUCGUGGUUGGGGGAGAUCCCGAACUCGCAAGCAGCCAAGGCGGACAGCAUCCUUUGGUUCAGACUCGGACAGAUGUUCCCCACCAAAGAAAUUAAAGAGUGGAAGGGACGUCUUAAAGGAGUAUUACCUAAAGCACCGCUUCCUCAAUGAGCAGGACCUGGAUGAGCUUGUCAACAAGACCAACAUGAGCUAUGAACGGGUCCGAGAAUGGUUUGCUGAGGUCCAGAGACGCCUCGACAUGGGUGCAGACCCCUUCCAGGAGCCGGCUUUGGGGAGGGCGGACGGAGGAGAGGGGGCUGAUGAGAUAAGUGGGGAGGCGUCGCAUGCCAACAAGGUACCAAGAGGUGACAGAAUGGGAGAUGAAGAGGAGGAUGAAGACAAUGAAGAGCAUGAUGAGGAGGAUACAGAUGACAGUGAGGUUUGGGAGCCGUCACGCAGUGUGAGGAAAUCCUUGUCUGUAUCUGAAGACUAGAUUUGUGCACAAGCCUCAAUUGAAGCAUUGAAUAUGUUCCAAGUAUUUCCAAAUGGUGUCGACAUGAAACUAACACAUUAUUAGCAGCUGUAUCUCCCUGUCUCAGCCCUCACCUGACUGACAUUAUUAAGAUGACCUGAAGAGAAUUUUUGUCACACCAAAAACAUUGAAAAGUAGAUAAUCAUUAAAAAAAAAAAUAAUAAUAAUAAUAACAAAUGGAUUUGGUGGUUCAAAACUGAGAUCGACAUAUGUCAUACAUGAAAAGUGGCUGUUAUUAAAGGGUAACUUGGGGAGGAAUUGAUAUUUUAUGUCUACUGUAAAUUCCUUUUUUAAAUGCAAUGUUGCAUUUCCCUUGUACAAGCCCAAAUUUGAACAGAAUCUUUCAGAAUUUCCAGCGAAUGAUCACCCCUCUUCCCUACAAAAACAAAAGUGUGACUUCCUAAUGUGUUUACAAGGUGCCACCUAGUCAAACACCUUGAGCGCACAUGGUGGAACUAGUCUAUAAUGCUGUUUUAUGUAUUACGGCUUUGAAAGCUAUAGUCACCUAAAUGAGAAUGAAUGCGUUUACACUGAUCAUGAAAGUCCAUGAUGGAUAAAGGCCGAAUGCAACAUGAGCCAAAGUACAUGAACAGUGAGUGAAUGCCAACGUAUUUGUUGAAGGGUGUCGAUUCAAUUCUUCCCUUGAUGGUUGUUACUAGUCUGUUUUAACAAGGAAUAUAACUAAUGGGGGGGGGGGGGGGGGGGGGGGGGAUGUUUAAUAUGCACUGCGGUUGAUGUUUUUUGUUUUGUUUUGUCUUUGCACCUUUUGACACAACAAGCUCUGUGCUGUUGUUAAUUUAUAUAUAUAUAUAUUGGUUCUGAAACUUUGCCAAAUUGGAAUGUGUUGUUUCUCAACCUCCAAAACAAACAAAUAACCAACCAAACAAACAAAGUGUUUAGCUGCAGCUUAUGGUGUAAAUGAAAUGCACCUGCUGUGCCUCAAUCAUAAGUUAAACAAAUCCACGUAAGCAACAAUCAUGACUUAAACCUAACUACUGGUGUGACGUAUUGUUCUCAAAACAGUAUUUCAGACAUUUUAAAUCGUGAAGCACCUGAACGAAACUUGUUUCAAAUGCACUUUGUCUGCCACAUAGUGGAUGAAAUUAUAAUUUGGCACCUUAUUUUAUCAUGCAAUGGCUCUGAGAGCCCAUAUUUGUUAUCUGACUAAUCCAGUAUUUUGCGUUUUUUUUUUUUUUUUUUUUUUUUAAUGAAUCAUUGUUCGUUUUCCCUGAGGAGGAAUCUUCCCAGUUGAUCCACUUUUGUAAUAAUAUGUAAAUGGUGUCAGAUGUUUAUAAGGCUCCGUAGAAUCAGCUGCCACUUACGUUCGUUUUAUUGCACACUUUGAGCCACAUUUUGAAUACUUUUUUGGGGAAAAGAACGCUUGUAUAAUGUUUUGUAUUGUUUCAAAUCAUGUGUCCACUUAACUUUUUGAUGGACUUGGGAGGACACGUUAGUAGUGGCCUUGCGGUUGUCUUCUCACAGCAAACCAACCAGAUGACACUAUAAGGACAUGUUCAAUAGCUAUAUAAUGUGUUAACAUCCCCUUACGUCCGAUCACAGAAAGAACUGUCGUAAGGAAUGACUACCAGCUGCCGUUUAACCAGCCUCGGCAAGGACAAUUACCCCCCCCCCCCCCCAGCACCAUGUUGACUGUUGUUAACUUAUACAGACAUACUGUACCUACAUGUGCCUACUUGGCUUGUGAACUCGUUGCAAGAGGAUCUCCCCAUAUUGUCACAAAGCACUUAUGGUAGCCUAUCUUAAAGGAAAUGGGGAUGCAUGAGCAAGAUGUGCUUUCUGCCGACACUACAAAAUGCCUGUUUGAAGUUAAACAUUACAAACCUCUGUCCCUAACCAUGGUUAAACCUCGGGCUUCUAAAUUACUUUCUUGUACUUGUCAUUCAUGCUACAUGCUAUCACCUUUUAGACAUCGCAAAAGCAUUUUCAGCCUGCCUGGUAUAAAGUCACUAAGCUAGCUCGCUGAUUGCAACUGAAUGAGCAGAACUCUUUGACACAUUAUUUGUCGUAAUGUGAAUAGUAAGUGCCUGGGCAUGGAAAAGAACAAGAUGUUGUACCAUAUAUACAGUUCAUGUAUACCGAGCGUUUAUACCUUUGUCUAUUACUGCAUGCAAUAAGUACGUUGAACAACUGCUCAUUUUGUACAUAUACAGUGUGUGUGUGUCUGUUUGGUUGGGUUGGUAUCGUUGGCACAGUGGUUUGCUAAUCUAAAGAUAAACAAGUGGUAUGAUUUCAAAGUCUGUUAUCAUGGAUUGUAUAAUUGUCUUUCCCAAAUCAUUAACAGUAUAAACAGUCCUGUCAGUUAGCUAAGAACACUUCCAAUAGUGAGCCUGAGUCCUUUUAAUACUUAGUCAUUACAAGCAUUUGAUUUUUGUGUUCUUUCUGCUGCUUAUUUUAGUACACAGAUGAGGUACAAGCCUACCCCAAAGUAUUUUACUAGCCAUGCUUGUAAAGCUUUUCUAUGUUUUUAUCAAUGACAAGUGUCUUUACAACCAAAUAGUUUGUUUACUGCACACACUCACCUGUGUUCGAAAGUGAAAGUGAAAUAGAAUUUAUUUUGAGCUCAGACGGUUUUGCUAGAGUUGCUUUUGGGUACUUUGGUUGCAAGGAAUAUAAAAUCACAACUCACUUGAAAGAUGAGCACUUUAUUGAAGGAUAUAAAUACAAUGUCCGCUAGGAGCAACAUGUUGUAAUUUAAAAAUGUUACUGUUACAAUAAGGCCCUAUAGUAAAUUAUAUGACCAAAUAACUGUUUGCUCGAUGCGUCUCUUCUUUGAUUUGUUCCAUGGGUAUAAUGAUAAAGUGCUGUGUCUUCUAAGUGGGUUUUGAUUUUAUAUAAUGUAUCAUAUAGCCUACCAUAUAUCCUACUUGCAGUAGAGCUUGUAUCGUGAGUAGUUAAGCUGCUGUAAUAUUAUACGCAUACCUUUUUGUCAUCUAAAUCCUUCACUAUGUGCUCUCAUUGUUUGUUUAUACCUGUGCUCUUUGAAUGUUUUGCAAAUGUUUUCACCAUAGCUUUUUCAACAAAAUACACUUUGUCACAAUAUAUAUAUAUUUUUUUUUUUCUAUUGCAAGCUCCUUUCUUAUAAAUGGAACACGUCCCUGUUUCGGUUCGGUCACAGAACCUAAAGUUUCGAUCUACAGUGAUGGCAACUCCCAUAUUAGAUGCAGAUGUUCCAUUAAAAUGCAUAACUGGAGUUGCAGUGAAGAUGAAAAGGAUGACGCCAUCACUUUAAAGCUCCCAAUAAAUGUUUAC